AGAGUUGAGAUUUCUAGGCCAUCGAGUGUGAUGAGGGCAUCUGAGCUCAGAAACAUAACCAAUUAUCGGGUAUUAGGAUGCCGGACUUAUUUUUUGUUACGCUUUAUGAUAGGCAGGAUCUUUUGAAGGAGAGUAUGACAUUUUUGAAUUCGGAAUGGCCCAGAAGCGAUGGAUCUCGUGAGCAUUCACAGAAAAAAUCAUGCCGUCAGUCCCCUCCAAUGUCGUUUUUGUUGCUCAAUAAGGAGAAUGACGAGAUACUAGGCCACUCAAGAAUCACACAUCUUCCAAAUCGUGACCAUGCCUUAUGGAUUGAGUCAGUGAUGAUCAAGAAGGAUCAACGUGGCCUUGGACUCGGGAAAUUCUUAAUGAAAUCCACAGAAAAAUGGAUGACGGAAAAAGGUUUCAAUGAAGCAUAUCUCUCAACUGAUGAUCAAUGUCGAUUUUAUGAAUCUCUUGGUUAUGAGAAAUGCGAUCCGAUUGUACACUCGACAACAGCCACUUGCAUCUUUCCAGCCAUGAAUCAUUUUCAGAACGCGGCCGCAUCCAACCCGUCCUUCCUAUCAAAGAUCGCACAGCCUUCAGCCUCGUCAACAGUCUCAGCUUCUGCUCCACCACCACCACCACCGCCUCCGAUGGCUCCAAAAAUGGUCACCAGAUCCACGUCCCCGAUUGUGGACGUCAACACGAUUGAUCACCAGUACAUGAGAAAAUGGUUAAAACCAACUGAAUAAUAUAUUGAGAAAAGAAUACGCAAAUAUGAAAUAAGAAUUUCUACUUUUUAUUGAUUUUCCGCAUAAUGUAAAGUAAUUUUAAGAAUUACAAGAAUAAAAUAAUUGAAUGAG